GCUCGUUAUCAGACGAUUGAGGUAACUCGUUGAUUGUUAAAGGUCUGAUUGUCAACCAGCAAGCUGGUCCGUGCAUCCAGGCCUUCCAAGGGACCGCAGUCAGUUACCUACAACCCCGUAUCUCAAGAACAUUAGCAGUCAUAAAGGGCGACAGAAAUCAGUCUCCUUCAAGAAAUAAUGAUGGUUUAUGUUGUUCGCAAUAUGCAGUGCAUUAAAUACAACAUUGCUCUUUCAGGUGCCCAAAUCUCAGUUCACAACCACGGCCUCUCAUAAGUGAUAUGGCGGAGUCGAUGUUUGCCCAACCAAGAUGGGCUUCGGCCAGUCCGCAAUAACUCAUAUUACACCUUGAGGGUUUGCCUAGAAGAAUAGGCAGUGACUUGAAGGUAUAAUUGUUGGCAAUCAAGCAAGCUGCAUCUGUGUGUAUCGUUACAAACCCAAACUCGAGGUCGGAUAUAAGUCGUCAAAGUUUUCCAUUGUGUCUUUUUCCUGUUGUUGUUUCCUCUAUCUCUUCUGUUCGUUUUGUUCUUGGAUACGUCAAUUUCAUAGUUCAGGCUUGACUACAAGAACUAAAUCCGUCGAGAUGGCUGGUGGGUCCCAGUUCAUUGGAGGCCCUCGCUCUGCUUGGGAUAAACAGUUCGUUUGGCCUCGAGAAGGAAGGAAAGGGAAAACACCAAGAGGCUGGUGGGGAGGCCUAAUGAGCAUUAUGACAAACACUGGGCCUGAUAUUUUUAUAACCCGGAAGAACGACACCACGCCCAUCAAGCCAGAUCACUGGGGCAACUGGGACAGCUAUGAUAGCCCAGAAGCCCAAUUGCGCGAGCGCCGAAGUUACGCGUUCAAUGUCGACAGGGGGAACCGCCGUUACGACCCUCAUACGAGGAAGUAUGUGCUGUGGGAGUACGACAACAAUUUCGAUCAAGACCCCCUCGAGAAGUAUCCCCGCUUCACGCGCGAAGAGCAUGAUUGGCUUGCCCGGCAUCCUCGCAGGCGGCGCCCGAAGACCAAAGACUGGAGUGCUGCCGGACCAAAGAGGUUCAGGAGAGAGCACAAUGACUUUUGGAGAGACGCAUUUCGCAUUGGAGAGAAUAUACGGAAUGGUAUUCCCGAGCCUGAGGCAAGCCCGACAGUCAACCCAGGACUGUUUAUGGAUGAUGCGUGGCGCAAUCUGUAUGACAGGAGGCAGGGGAUAUGGCCUUCACUAAGGCGUAGGACUGGAGAUGACUCGCUGCUGAUCGAGAAUACGCGUUAUAAUCGCGGUCAGAUGCGGAGAUCAAUGUAUGAUUAUGGCCUGCAUGAGGAUGGAAGGCCAUACGACGGCGAGGAUUAUGAGGAUAGAUCGUACUAUCCCUAUUAA